CAUGUUAGCAAUGUUAAUUUGUAGUACUGCUUGGUUGCAGUACGGAAAUGCAGCCCGCUUUCAUUAGCAUGGUAGCUACCACAGUGCUAACUUUACGAAAUCUAGUUCGAUUAUCCUCGACAAAUGUUGGAUCUCAAAUAAGGCAGACAUGCUCCCGAUUUUAAAUCUCAAUGCCUUCAUGCAAUCUACCAGGUAUCACGUUUGCUAAAACCGGUCCGAUCGACAUGAAAUGUCGUUUCGUGUUAUUGGGUCGCUGUAAGUUCACGUUGUAAACAAAACAAGUUAAAGUUGACACCUAUUGCGUGUUGAUUGAGAUGUCCGUCGUUGAGGAAGAAAAACAAAGGUGUGGAGUUAUAGUUGGUUCUAUAUUGGCAAGAUCUUGGGUUGUUUCAUGGCGGUCAGUACACGCGGCAAUACAGCAGAUGAAACAACAACCCAGGCAAGAAGGUUUACGACUGUCUGGAAAAGGCAGGAAAGCAAAAGGAUGUCCUUAUAAGUGUGAUAAUGUCUGCAAGGACCACAGCAAAGUACGUGGAGGAAAAGGACCGUAGUCGUCAACGACUGGAAGCUCUUUGGCUGCAGCCUUAUGUUGUGUUGCGCAGAGCAGACAUCAGUGAAGCUAUUCUUGCUAAGCAGCAGGAGCCAGAGCGCAAUUGCAUUAAAGAGGACAAAGAGGUCCACCAGUUCAAUGAACAAAUGGAGCAGAAGUUUCUUUGCUCUAUAAAAGAGGAGGAAGAGCCGGAGCGGCCUUGUACUAAAGAGGAGGGAGAGGACUCCUGCGACAUUAAGAAGGAGGAGGAGGAAGAUACCUGCAAGAUGCCAUUGACUGGUGUUCCUGUGAAGCGUUUAGAUGAGGGUCAACAUGAGGUGAGCAAAGGGGCGGAGCUUCCAAGCUGCAGCUCUAGUCAACAAAUGACCAGAGAAGGGGAUGGAGACCACUGUGGGGGAUCACAAGCAGCUCCACCACCAUCAGAUAGUGAUGACGUGUCGUCACAUGUUCCUGCUGCUGCUGCUGAGGAGUCUCAAAACAAACACAGGCAAUGUUCUCACUGUGGAAUUUCUUUUGCUCAUAGCAGUAGUUUGAAACGACACAUGAGAAUCCACACUGGCGAGAAACCUUUUUCAUGCUCAGUUUGUGGCCAAACAUUCUCUCUGAGUGGAGCUUUAAAAAGCCAUACAAGAACCCACACUGGCGAGAAACCUUUUUCAUGCUCAGUUUGUGGCCAAAGAUUUUCACGGAAGUCACACUUAAAAAGUCAUACAAGAAUCCACACUGGCGAGAAACCUUUUUCAUGCUCAGUUUGUGGCCAAAGAUUUUCACUGAGGUCACACUUAAAAAGUCAUACAAGAAUCCACACUGGCGAGAAACCUUUUUCAUGCUCAGUUUGUGGCCUAACAUUCUCUCAGAGGGGACAUCUAAAAAGUCAUACAAGAAUCCACACUGGUGAGAAACCGUUUUCAUGCUCAGUUUGUGGCCAAAAAUUUUGUCUGAAACAAAGCUUAAAAAGGCACACAAGAAUCCACACUGGUGAGAGACCUUUCUCAUGCUCAGUUUGUGGCCAAAAAUUCUCUCACAGGGAAAGCUUAAUCGGGCACACAAGACUCCACACUGGCGAGAAACCUUUUUCAUGCUCAGUUUGUGGCCAAAAAUUCUCUGACAAGGGAGCCUUAAAAAACCAUACAAGAAUCCACACUGGUGAGAAACCUUUUUCAUGCUCAGUUUGUGGCCAAACAUUCUCUCAGAGGGGAAAUUUAAAAAGUCAUACAAGAAUCCACGCUGGUGAGAAACCUUUUUCAUGCUCAGUUUGUGGCCAAUUAUUCUCUGACAAGGUAAGCUUAAAACGUCAUACAAGAAUCCACACUGGUGAGAAACCGUUUUCAUGCUCAGUUUGUGGCCACAAAUUCUCUCAUAGGGUAAACUUAAUCACGCACACAAGAAUCCACACUGGCGAGAAACCUUUUUCAUGCUCAGUUUGUGGCCAGAAAUUCUCUCAUAGGGGAACUUUUAAAAGUCAUACAAGAAUCCACUCUGGUGAGAAACCUUUUUCAUGCUCUGUUUGUGGCCAGAAAUUCUCUGAGAAGGGAAACUUAAAAAGUCAUACAAGAAUCCACACUGGCGAGAAACCUUUUUCAUGCUCAGUUUGUGGCCAAACAUUCUCUCAUAGGGAAACUUUAAAAAGUCAUACAAGAAUCCACACUGGUGAGAAACCUUUUUCAUGCUCAGUUUGUGGCCAAAAAUUCUCUGCCAAGGGAACCUUAAAAAGUCAUACAAGAAGAAUCCACCCUGGCGAGAACCCUGUUGCCUGCUCAGUCAGUUGCCAAAGAGUCUCUGUUGAGAAUUCUGAGUGUCUUGGGGAGAUGAGCAGUGAUCCGUGAAGUUCUCACCUUCUAUUUGAGCAGACUUUAUGAGUUUAUGCAUCAAUGAUAAUUCUAUUCUAGUAUGUACCUUAUGAUUGAGAUGCUGAACUCCUUGUCUUUAUUACAAUGAGAAGUUCAUAUUUUAGCUUUAGUCAUGAAUUUUAAAAUAAAGUUAACCGGCCUCGGGACGAUAAUAGUUUUGUAUUUUCUAUUAUACUUGAUGUUUAUUUUGGUUUUAGGUGUGUGUUUUUUUUAACUGCAAUUAGUUUUAAUUCCUAUUCCGGGCAAGUUGCUUAGUUAUUAUUAGUGUCUGUUUAGGAUUUUGUUUUGUUCAGCUUUUCAUGUUCAUGUGGAUCAAUAAAAUGAAAAGA